AUGAAGGCGGAACAAUGGGAAGUUGGGAUUGAUAUGUUAGGUGGAUAAUAUAGGAGAGACUAUGAUUUAUUGAAAUAAAUCUAGUAAUUUCAUAUUCGUUACUUAGUUUAUGUGGCUUUUUUUAACAUAGAAUUUUAUUAUGUAAAACAGUUAUUUAUUUAUAAAUGACCUUUUUUCAGAGGUGAAAAUACAAUUUCUGUGAUGAUAUUCGCUAGAGCCUGUCACCAAUCACCACUUCAAAGACGUGGGAUUGGCCUCCUUUUGUUUUCGGACUUCCAUUUUAGAGCCCGACACAUCGCUUCCUCUGCGUUUCACAAGAGCCUCCAAACGAUUGCCGUUUAUCCACAUCGGAGGCGCGGCGGAGGAUAAUAGCAUCGAAGAGAAGCUGAACCCCAACUUCCCAAUUUCCUCGUGUGGAAGAAAGUGAGCUUGAACUAUCGCACAUACAUGGGGGCCAGUAAUGACCCGACCCAAGACGGACUGGACGAGCAGCAGAAGCGGUCGGAGAUCUACACCUACGAAGCACCAUGGCACAUUUACGCCAUGAACUGGAGCGUCCGUCGCGACAAGAAGUACCGCUUGGCCAUAGCCAGCUUGUUGGAGCAGUACCCAAACAGGGUUGAAAUUGUUCAGCUUGACGACUCUAGCGGCGAGAUUCGAUCCGACCCUAGCCUCUCCUUCGAGCACCCAUACCCUCCCACCAAGGCCAUCUUCAUUCCUGAUAAGGAGUGCCAGAGGCCGGACCUCCUCGCCACUUCUAGCGAUUUUCUCCGAAUCUGGCGCAUAUCGGACCCGGAAGAGAACCCGACCCCUCGGGUGGAGCUCAAGAGCUUCCUUAAUGGGAACAAGAACAGCGAGUACUGUGGCCCUCUCACCUCUUUCGAUUGGAACGAGGUGGAGCCUAAGCGAAUCGGCACUUCUAGCAUUGACACCACCUGCACUAUCUGGGAUAUUGAGAAGGAGACGGUGGAUACGCAGCUUAUCGCUCACGACAAGGAGGUUUACGACAUCGCCUGGGGUGGUGUGGGUGUCUUUGCCUCCGUCUCCGCCGAUGGCUCCGUUAGGGUUUUCGACUUGCGGGACAAAGAGCAUUCGACUAUCAUCUAUGAGAGCUCAGAGCCUGAUACCCCCUUGGUUCGACUCGGCUGGAACAAGCAGGACCCAAGGUACAUGGCCACAAUUAUCAUGGACAGUGCCAAGGUCGUCGUCCUAGACAUUCGUUUUCCGACUCUUCCUGUGGUUGAAUUGCAGAGGCAUCAAGCUAGUGUGAAUGCCAUUGCUUGGGCUCCUCACAGUUCUUGCCAUAUCUGCACUGCAGGGGAUGACUCUCAGGCUCUGAUAUGGGAUCUUUCCUCAAUGGGCCAGCCACUGGAAGGCGGAUUGGAUCCUAUUCUUGCAUACACCGCUGGGGCGGAGAUUGAGCAGCUUCAAUGGUCUUCAUCUCAGCCGGACUGGGUUGCGAUUGCUUUCUCCUCCAAGCUUCAGAUUCUAAGGGUAUAAAGGAUUGGUAUUUUCAUUCACCUAAUUGUUACAUAGUUUUGGCUUCUGCCACUGAAGAUGCAUGGAAGAUUUCAGGUCUAUAGUUUUAUUUUCUCUUGUGAACAUGCUUCAACCCAAUUUGGAUGAUAUUGAUGACGCAUUGUCCCCCCGUUCUGCCAAUUGUGGGGAGCAUGAAUCAUGUCCAUUAUCAUUUUGUUGAAAGUUGAACCAAACCCCCGCCCCGCCAAAAAAAAAACUCAUGUUCGGAUUUUCGAUCA